AUGGCAGCACGAUCUAGGACACGUCUUCUACUCAUCCUCGCUGUCCCUCCAGUGGCAAUCGGAUACGGCAUCCACAGAGGCCUUAGCGCGCUCGAGGCACAAUAUCCCCCUCUCCCACCUGAACCAACAACUAGCAUCGCUCUUCGCACUCCACGGAAUCCCUCAACCCAGUUUUGUGCAUAUACCGAUGUCUACGCGGCUCGCGUGCCGGUCAAAGCACUGCAGCCCCGAGCUCAAGGGACAGACGACCUUCCUCAUAAGCGCAAAAGUACAAACUUCGAAAUCACUAGUGCAUGGGCUCGGGCGUUCAUAGGCAACAAGAUCCUCCGCGCAGAAGGGGGCCUCGUUGGCCUCCUGGCUAAAGGAAAGUUCUCUCCAGGGGACACUGGCGAUACUCCUGCGGGAUUCGCAUCGCCUGAUGCGUCGGGGGAGUCCCUUACGCUUCUGAAUGGUGUGCUGGUUGUGGAGCGGCCACCGUCAGAGGAUGACGGGAAUGGGCUGCUGGUUUCCUGGCGUGUGCCGGAUGAACCACGUCGGUUCUUUGAGAAGAUCGCUCGCUGGGGUAUCCGUGGCGGUUGA